GGAAGUUGAGACUAUAAAGACACUCCAAUUCAACUAUUCCUAACUGACAAACUGACUGUCGGUAAUAUUAAUAAGAUUUUUAUUUCUAUUAAGGUGAAGAAUACAAGAUAUGAUAAUUUAUUAAUAAUAAGAUUUUGUUUCAGUUAAGUGUUUAAGUUUAAGCUCUUUUCUAAUAUUUAAUUUAUAUUUUUAUUUUGUGUCAACCAGACUCAGUCUCAGUCACACUCUGAUCACUCUGUCUGUUACUGUUUAAUAAAUUCUAUAAAGUUAUAAUUCAAGUCUAGGACAAAGUCUAUGAUAAAAUUACAAGAGUCUAGUUAAUUUUCAUUUUUGAUUGAAAUUAAUGGUGUAUGUAAAUAGUAAAUGUAAUGCAUGAAUGAACAUUAAAAUUAAAAGGAUAAUGACAAUGAAAUGGUUAGCCGAAUAAAGCAUUUUAAGAAAAAAUAUGGAUAAAUUUCAGUUAAAAAGAUAAAUUUAGAAUUAAAUCAUUGAUGAAUAAAUAGGGCAUUAUGCAUAGGCCUACACUACUAUACUCACUGAUACACAUUAAUUUCAUUAAUCAUUAAUUAAUUAUUAUAACUUUAGAAAGAAAAAGAAUUCUCACACAAAAGUUCUUCUUCUUCUAUAUCUUAAGGGCCCAUGAUCAAUUUAUUGAUCAUUUUGGCUCCUAUGCAUCUAGAUGGGAUUUGCAAUGUUUCUGUGCCUGGUGUUGAUGAGGAAAUUUCACUGAUUUCCAGUGCCACUUUGUGAGGGAAUCAUGCACUAUCACUAGGGGUUUGAAGGCUUCUGGCAAUGGACACAAAUGUGUCUUGUGUUGUCGCCUCAACCAUUCCUUUUGAAAGCUUGUUCCAGUCCCUGAUUGUCUUGGGCAGGAAUGAGCAGCUCCUAUACUGGCUUCUUGCUGGUAUGAGCCUGAAUUACCUGUCAUGGCCUCGUCGCUGUCUAUGGGGGAGAAGGACGAGUUUCUGUUUAAUACUGGAACAGUGGACCAGCCCAUUAUUUAUCUUGUACAUCAUGGAGAGCCUGGAUUGUUGUCAUCGUUCCUCCAGCAUGCUGCCAACACUAAAGGUAUUCCUGUAGCGGUUUAGGACAAAUCGUGCUGCUCGACGCUAGACCGCCUCCAACCUCUUCUGGGUAAAUGGGUCCCAGACUGAAGAUGCAUAAUCUAAAACCGGACGGACAAAGGCUAUAUAUGCUCUUUCUUUCACACAGGAGUUGCCAAUCUUUAGAUUUCGCCUUAAGAACCCCAGGGUCUUGUUUGCUUGGUUACAUACAUUGUUAAUAUGCUCGUCCCAGCGGACCUCUCUUUGAAUGGUAACACCCAGGUACUUUACGGAGGAAACUGGCUCAAGUAUAUGGCCAUGCAGUUCGUAUUGGUAAUGUAGAGGAGUACAACUUCUAGAGACUGAUAGUGUCUGGCAGGGUGAAAUUCCAUGUCCCAGCUCAUCUCCCACUUAGCUAACAGAUUGAGAUCCUGUUGUAGCUGAUCCUGGUCAGAUCUGUUGGCGAUCGUCCUAUACACUGCUGUGUCAUCUGCGAACAGUCUUGCUUGUGAUGUCAGUUUCUCUGGUAGGUCAUUAAUGUAUGCUAGGAACAAAAAGGGGCCCAGCACUGAUCCCUGGGGGACUCCUGACUUCACAUCGACAAAGGAGGAGCUUGUACCGUCCACCACUACUGCUUGGCAUUGGUGGCUGAGGAAGCUAGAGAUCCAUGUUUUAGUGGUGCCUUGGAUCCCAUAUCUCUGGAGUUUGUCUAGAAGCAAACUAUGAUUCACACGGUCAAAUGCCUUUGCGAAGUCCAUUACCAGCACGUCAGUCUGCUUGUGGUUCUCCAGAUUGGUCAUCAGGUCUUCUACAAAUUCAAGAUGCUGGGUCUCACAUGAUCUAUUGACUCAGAAGCCAUAUUGACAGUCAUUGAUGUUUGUGUUGUUUACUCACAUAUUUAAGUUUUUAAACCCCCCCCCCCCCCCCNCCCCCCCCCCCCGUCUAUUAAAUUAUUUUAAAAUAAUAUAUGACAUACCGGUAUGUGUAUACUGAUAUAAGAAAAAGUUAAUAUAGGUUAUUACUCAAUGACAGCUAAAUUAAACAAACUGACAGUUUGUCACAAUAUGUCACUCCCUUUUAUAUUAAGUUAAUAUUUUGUCAUACUACCUGAAUUUAUAGUGAAUUGCAGUUAAGUUCUUAGCUAUAAUUUUUUUUAAUAAUGACUUUCUUUCUGCUAAUCUCCAGCUUUUUAAAAGAAAUAAUCAUGGUAAAGAUUCAUGUCAAACGAGGUGAUGAAAGUCAGUUUGCAUAUGAGGCUACUCUAGACACACCAAUGUCAGACAUAUUAAAAGACUGUGCAAUUAUUUAUAAUGGGAGACUCAAAAUUGACAGAAUUUGUGGUGGUAAGUGCUUUAGGUUGAAAAUGUUUAAACAAAUUUUUUUUAAAGUUAUAAACUUAUAUAACUUAUAGUGGCAUUUUUAAUUUUUCUGUCAUAAAAAUUUAAGCAAUUUAAUACGUUUUAUAAUGAUGUCCAUUUCUAAUGAAAGGCUAAAUGAGUGUAAUUGGCCAUACCGUUAAGACAAUAAUCUCAGGAUUAUUUAAUAUUGUAAAUAAUUUAUUAAAACAGUAAUUAUAUACAUGAUACAAUAUAAAUGUUCAUAAUUAAACCUGAUGUUAACAUAAUGUCCUGUUUAAUUAUAAUUAUUGUAAAAUCUGUUUAGAAAUGGAGGAGCUGGCAAAACAUGGUGUAUCCCUCCCACCCAACAUGCAGGGACUGACAGAUGAACAAAUAGAAGAACUCAAAUUAAAGGAUGAAUGGGGAGAGAAGUGCCAACCCAGUGGUGGUGUUAAAUUCAAUAAAGACAAAAUAGGCUGUAGAAAUGGCCAAGGUAAAUUGUAAUCUCAUAGUGCAAUUUUUAGGUGGUGCACUGAUAAUUGUAGUAAAACUGUAAAGUUUAUAUUUGUGAAAGAAUGUAUGAGAUGAAGAUUAUAUAAGUUUAUAUAAUGAUAUAAACAAUAUGUAUAUGCUGUUCCCUUUUGAUGAAUGAUUUUCACAUCUUACUUUAGCUCCCACUCCAAAAAUGGCUGAAGUUAUAACAAAAACAAUUAAAGAAGCAAAAGACAUGAUAUCAAAGGUACAUUUUUUUUUGUAUAUCAUUAUGUUGUUUCUUUGUGCUUUCACAAUGAACUUACUAGAUAAGGCAAGAGUAAUAUUUAGUGUAGUGGCCCUAGUGGAAAAUUUAGCAGACAUUCACUUUUGUUCCAUGCUGUAUGGCAGAAUUUUGUGACAUAACAGAACUAUUUAGUUCUUCAGCUGCAACUGCAAAAAGUAAACAGAGAAAACUACUGUUGUUUUUUUUAAAAUAUAUUCUCACUGGCCCGUAGGAUUUAUGUGACAAAUGAACAAAUUUCUUUAUUCAAUUAGCCAUUAUUUUAUUUCUUGUCAUACAUACAUUAUGCCAUAGUUUUAUUUAUUUACUAUAAGGAUAUGGUAUUGUACGAUUUUGAGAGGGUUAAGUACCAUUUUGAAAGAACAUUGUACUAUUUUGGGAGUUCAAAGGCAACCAGGUCUGGAUUUUGUGUCUAUGACCAUGUCUCUAAGACUCUUGUCUCAUGACCAUGAGGCAUGAGCCUCUAUUGUAACAUUAGUUGCUAGUUUACUGUAUUGAAUUCUCUGCAGUGUUGAAUAUCUCCUCAUUAUGAUCAUACAAGUUUAAAGCAAGCAUGAAAGAAAUGAGAAAUGCCUCAAAUUUCCAUAAUUUCUCUCACAGUGCAAAUGAUAUUUCUGCAAUGUUUCAUAUUUUUUAUUAACAUUUAUGGACAAAUUAUUUUAUGUCAAAUUUGCAAUGACUGUUUGUAAAUUUACUGACAGUUCAAACUGGCAUCCCUGUCCUGGACAACUAAAACAUAAUUCUGCUGUUUGUUCUAUUAAAUACACAAUUUACAUAAAUGUACCUAUUAUAAAUGACUAAAGAUUCCCAUUCUAGAAAUAUAUCUUUUUCUAGCAAUUUCAAAUGUGUUUAUCCCUCAGAAAAAAGUGGAGCAGGAUAUAUUAGUGACACAAAAAACUGUUCAGGACGCACUCGACAUUUUACGCGGAGCAGUGAUGAUUGUUUACCCUAUGGGCCUUCCGCCUUAUGAGCCUAUUAAAGCUGAAUUUGAAAACACAGAAGAUCUCUCAGGAAAGCAGGUGGGGGUAGUUAUCUUCAAGUAAUUUCAAUCCAAAUAAAUUUCAUGUGUCUAUAUCACUGUGAGAAUAUUGAACUCAUACUAUGAAUCUAUGACGUUAGUUUCUGUUAGAAAAUCACUCACUGGUAAUGAAGUUUUCUAUAACCAGAAUUCCAGUUUUCCUUCUUUAAAAAGAACAACAACUUUAUUUAAAAAUACUGAAAUACCACCUCAAUAAAAUAUAUAUUUAAAAAAAAAAACUUUGAGUAGUUAUUUAAUGAAUUAUGAUAAUUUCCUUUGCUUUAAAGUAUUUUAUUUCACAAACUAGUGUCAUUUCUGAUCUAAGUUAUCUUAAACAUUAUAAUUUUUAUAUCUUACAUACAUCUUUAAAAAUUGAUUUGAAGCAGAAGAAAUAUAUUUUGUGUUUCCAGGCAUCUCUGGAAGUGAUAGGUAUUGAUGAAGCCUCCUUGUGGUGGGCUGGAAAAGAAUUAUUACCUCACAAAAAGUUGGGUGAUUUUGUUGGCAAGAAUGAGAAAACCAAAAUUGUUGCCAAGCUGCAGAAGGUGUGUCCAAGUCGUAUUUAGUUAUUGAAAAAAAAAAAGAAGAGUUUUACAAAUCUUUUAUCUGUUUUGUAGUCUUUUCCACUUCGGGAAAACUAUUAUAAAUUCAAUCCCCUGUAAGCCGCGCAGGAUGAAUGUUGAUGCUGUAGGAACAUUUCAGAAAAUCACAAUGCAAGAGGCGAAGUUAAUUAAUUUGUAAGGUAUCAUGCUUUUCAGCAUAAUCGUGGCCUUAAUGAACUAAAAUGAUAAUAGAGAGCAUGCUGUUCCAAUAUUGAGCUGUUAUUCAUCCUUUGAGUUUGAGUGGGUGCACAACAAGUGGAUGGGAAAUGGAGGGGGGGGGGGGACUGUUGCUGUAGAGAAGCUUCUGUUCUCAAGGUGCAGUGAUGUCAAAAAGGACAGAACAAACUGUUUUGAUACCUCUAUUUAAAACUUGUCAAUUUCUGUAUAUCAUUAUUAUUAUGUUUACUAUUUCACACUUUAACACCAGCAUUACUUAAGUAUUCUAAAUGGUGUGAAUGGAAUGUAUGUGCCUUUAAACAAAUUGUAAAAUAAAUAAUGCUGUAAAUAACUGCUAACUGCUUUUAAAAGAUAGUUUUAACACAUAAAGUUUAAAACCAAUCUCUACUCUGCAGAGAGGUCAUGGUGCCCCAGCCAGAGAGCCAGUGGUCAGUCCUGAAGAACAGAAAAACAUGAUGGCAUAUUAUUACAAAAAGCAAGAAGAAAUGAAGGUAUGCAGUAAUUGGGAUGUUUGUUAGACUGACAGAUAUUUACCAAGUUAUGCAAAGAUUUUGACCUAGGGACAUUAAGAGUUAAUAGGCAAUAACCAAAUGACUAUAAAAAUUAACCCCCUAUAUUUUAAUUCGGUUUAUAAUAUUAAUCUAAUUAAUUUUAAUCCCAGGAUUGGCCGGUAAAUCCAGGGAUGAGGAAAACACUAUUCCCAUUUCCCAGGAUAAGCAAAACCCCAGGAAAUUUAGAAACCCUAAUUCUAGGCCAGUUAUCAGAAUUUCUAGAUCUUGUCCCUACACUGACAGCAACAAUAAUGACAGCCCCAAAAGUGAGUGACAUCCCUUUAGUGACAGCCUCUAGCGGGACAGCUCAAAUAGCUGCAUAUAAGAAUUAAUGAAGAAUGACAUAAUAAUGAAAUCUUGCAAUACUGAUAUCUUUUCUUUUUUUUUUUUUCUUUUUUAAACUUAAAAUUUUUUUUUUCUUGAGAGGUCAUUUUUUUAUACUGAUGAGUUAUUUUUUGGUAUUCCUUAAAAAAUUAAGAUUUAUAACAUGCUCAAAAUGAAUGAUUAUUCCUGAGGAGCCGUGUUGAAUGACAUACUUUAUAAUUUUUUGCUUUUUAUUGACUUGCAUUGGUUUUAUACAGAUGAGUUAUUUUUUGGUAUUCCUUAAGCUAAAUAGAUCUCUGAGAGUUUAAACCCUAAAUUUAAAAACAUUUUCAUCCUUUCAAUUCAUAUUAAUAAAUUAUGGGUGGGGGGAAUAAGAUGUAAAAUAAGUUGACAAAUGAUUAUUAUAUCAUCUAAAAAUGAGAAGUGCUCCUGUGACAAGAAGUAGAGCCUCACCACCCCCCCAACCCCUUCUUUUCUUUUAUUUUUUAAAGGGGGUUUUGAUUGUGGCCAGGGUUUAUAGUUUGAAGUAGUUGUGUUAUUAUAGCCCAGAUGUAUUGCUUGUUUGUGAAGUAGUUGUGUUAUUAUAGUCCAGAUUUAUUGCUUGUUUGUGAAGUAGUUCUGGAAUGAUUUUCUUUAUUCAAUCCUAAAUUCAACCAAAUUUUCUAGAUCUUGUCCUAUUUUGAAUUUUAGCUCUUGAUUUAUAUUAAUUUUUAAUUUAAAGAAGAAAAUAUAUGAAAUAAGUAAAUUCAUAAAUUAAAUAAUACCAGUAAUACAUUGGGUAGGAUGAAAAUAAAUAUCACUAUUGCCUUUGUAGAAAAAGACUAGUUUUCCCACUUCAGUGCCUAAAAAAAUGCUAUUUAUUAAUGAUGAACAUUUUAUGUUGAAUUUUUUUUUUAUCUGAUAGAAACUAGAGAAAGAAGAAGAUGAUUCCUUUAUGAAUGCUGCAUGGGCAGACAGUCACCAAUUAAAACGUCAAUUCCAAGGCCUAAAUAACAUCAAAUGGGGACCCAGAUAAACAUUUCUCAGUAAUGUGUGGUAUUUUUUUUUUUUCACUGGUUGGAUUCCAUCAUUACAUGUUUAAUUAAUUUUUUUUAUAGAUUUAAAAAAAAAGUAAUUAUAAAUUAAUCCUUGAAUUUUAUGAGGAACUGAAAUAAUUUUCUGCAAAUGGGUAAUAUUUAAAAUUAUAUUUUUAGUUUUAUCAUUAUUGAGACUUGCAAAAAAGUAAUAAUGUCUGACAUUUUCAUUUGAAUUAUAUAUGCAAUGUAAACCUAAUGUGUUCAUUCAGAUGACUGCCAUUGUAUGAAUGAAAUUUUAAAACACUGAACUGGUUGGCAAUAAAAAUAAAAUUGAGCAUAAAAAAAAUAAAUUCUUUUAUUAUUCUGUUUGUAUUAUUUUAAAAUUUAAGAACAUUAAAAAAAUUUAUAAAAGGAAUGCAUUGAUUAUAAAAUUAAAUUUUUUAGGUUUGAUUGAUUCUGAUGGAAUUGAUUGAGAUUUGCCAUAACAAAGAUUUUAUUAAACAAUCAACAACAUGAAUGCAAAAAUGAUUUAACCAGACUAUUUUUAAUGUAUUUUUGCUUUUU